AUGCUGUGGCAUCCAGCUUCCACUUCAAUACAGAUAUAACCUCCAUGCGCCAGAACAUCGAUUGUGUAUGUAUCCUCCAAUCAGGUAAUUAAGAAUAGAGUAAUUAUUAAUGGCCGCCAAGAAACAUAUUUUGCUUCCAGAAGCAGUGUCCGGGACGAUAGAUAUCAGGUGCAGUUUUCAUUCCCUGAUAGGGCUUCUUGUGGCGGCGUUGGUGGUCGGGGCCAUUUAUCUCACAGCGGAGAGUGGCUACUUGGUACGAGAAGAAGAUGAGGGUCACAAAUUGAUAGGGGCAACUAACGAUACGACUACUACGUCUGGGUGCGAUCUGUUUGCAGGGAAAUGGGUUUAUGACAACGAGUCAUAUCCUUUGUACAAAGACAAGGAGUGCUCCUUCAUGUCGGAUCAAUUGGCUUGUGCCAAGUUUGGCAGGAAAGACUUGGACUAUCAGCAUUGGCGAUGGCAACCUCAUCAGUGUGACCUCCCAAGGUUCAAUGCAACAGCAUUGUUAGAGAGAUUAAGGAAUAAGAGGCUAGUAUUCGUUGGGGACUCAUUGAAUAGAGGGCAAUGGGUAUCUAUGGUGUGUCUGCUGGACAAGGCUAUUCCACCACACCUCAAAUACAUGCACAACAAUGGCAGCUCCUUGAUCACCUUCAAGGCAAAAGAAUACAAUGCGAAAAUAGAGUUCUACUGGGCUCCCUUGUUGGUGGAGUCCAACUCAGACGAUCCAGUUUUGCAUCGUCUGCCAGAACGGAUCGUUAGAGCUCAAGCUAUAGAGAAGCAUGCCCGCCACUGGACCGACGCGGAUAUACUUGUUUUCAAUACCUAUCUUUGGUGGAGAAGGCCUCAAAUGGAUGUCCUGUGGGGCACAUUCAAUAGCUCAGAUGGAAUAUACAAGAAAGUAGAUAUGCUGCGGAGCUACGAACUAGCUCUAAAGACAUGGGCCGACUGGCUGGAAAUACACGUCAAUCGAAGCAAGACCCAAUUGUUCUUCAUGAGCAUGUCCCCGACUCAUGAACGGGCUGAAGAAUGGGGGCAGCCUGAAGGAGGGAACUGCUACACAGAAACAGAAAUGAUAAAGGAAGUGGGGUACAGAGGAAAAGGAACAGAUCCUAAGAUGAUGAGAAUGGUGGAGGCCACAAUAGAUGACCUUGAAAGAAGAGGGUUGAAUGUGCAGAUGAUCAACAUAACACAGCUUUCUGAGUACAGGAAAGAAGGGCACCCCUCCAUAUACAGAAAACAAUGGGAGCCUUUGACUCAAGAGCAACUUGCAGAUCCUCUUGGUUAUGCAGAUUGCGUGCAUUGGUGUCUUCCCGGAGUUCCUGAUGUCUGGAACGAGCUCUUGUAUGCUUACAUUUUUAACCACACACAAAAUUAAUUCACUGGUGAUAUAUCCAUCUCAUUGCUGAAAAGAUUUUACAAAGGUAAAGUCUUUUUCACUGCACGUAUAUAUAUAUAUAUAUAUAUAUAUAUGUGGUGGUGUGGUGGUUAUAGUACAAAGGCCCUAAUCAAAUUAACUGCAAUUGUAAUUAAAUGUUUUACAUUUGAGUGUUUUUUUAUGUUUUAUGUUCAUAAUCGUCUAAAAAUUAGGAAAUUGUCCCUCACGAGAAAUACAGCUAUUACCAUGAUUUACUUGGCAAAUCAGGCAAAAUUG